UGUAUUUUUAUACGUAUACAUGUAUAUAUAUAUAUCUAGAGAGAGAGAGAGAGGGGAGGGGGAGAGAGAGGGAGUAGUUGUUUAGAGGGGAGAAGAGAGCUUUAUAUGUGUGAAUGGAGUUGAGUGUGAAUAUUGGAGGAAGAGGGAGUUGAAGUAAAAGAAAAUCAACGGGCUUUCAUCUGUUCUUUUUUCUGCCUUCUCUAUUCACUUAUUUUUUCUUCUUCUUCUUCUUCUUCUUGGUUUUCUGAAUAUUUUACCCUUUUUAUGUUUGAUUUUGUAGCAAACGCUUUGAAUUUCGACUGUUAUUUCUUUUUCCGGAGUGGAAGAGAGCAGAGUUUUGAUGCGGGUUUUCGAUUUUGUGGAGUAAAACUUCUGAAGUCUUAAGUUUUAUGUAGUGUUGGUUUUGUGUGUGAAAGCGAGUGAAAUUUUUUUGUUGGAAAGAUAGUUAUUGGGUCCAAGUCACGGGUUUCUUGUUCUGAUAUGAGAGGUUUAGGGAUAUUGAUCGGUCAAAUUGAAGAAAGUGAGGUGUUGGAUUGAAGAAACAGAGGGUUCUUUUUUUUAUUUUUUUUUGACUGCCAAGAAUUUGAUUUUAUCAAGAUUGGGAUUUUGAUUGUGAGGAGGGCUGAAUAUAAUUAUUCUCUAUGUAUUCUGCAGAUUGGGUUUAUUUGCCUGCCUGCUGACAAUAAGGAGCAAUUGCCUUGUGAUGUCUGAGAAGCAAGGCUUGUAAAGAGCGGACCUUUACUAGCUGAGUUUUGGGUUCUGAUUGUUGUGGUAUAGAUCUUUUAUUUCAAUGAUUACCUUUAUGGAGUCUAAAGAAAAAAUGAAAGAGGCUGAGAAAUGUUUGGAUUCUCAGCUGUGGCAUGCCUGUGCCGGUAGCAUGGUGCAAAUGCCGCCGGUAAAUUCAAAGGUGUUUUACUUUCCACAGGGUCAUUCAGAACAUGCUUCUGGGAAUGUUGAUUUUAGGAAUUGUCCCAGGGUUCCAGCCUACGUCCCCUGUAGAGUGUCCACAGUUAAGUUCAUGGCAGAUCCUGAGACCGACGAGGUCUUUGCGAAAAUCCGAUUGGUUCCAAUUACUAGGAAUGAGGACAGUUUUGAUGAUGAUGCGGCUGUCGGGAUUAGUGCUUCCGAGAAUCAAGACAAGCCUGUAUCAUUUGCAAAGACAUUGACGCAAUCUGAUGCAAACAAUGGUGGAGGAUUUUCAGUACCUAGAUAUUGUGCAGAGACCAUAUUUCCUCGUCUAGACUACUCUGCUGAUCCUCCAGUCCAGACUAUCCUCGCAAAGGAUGUCCAUGGAGAGACAUGGAAAUUCAGACAUAUUUACAGAGGGACUCCAAGGCGGCAUCUCUUGACAACUGGAUGGAGUACUUUUGUGAACCAUAAGAAGCUUGUAGCAGGCGAUUCAAUUGUGUUUAUGAGAGCAGAAAAUGGUGAUCUUUGUGUUGGAAUCAGACGAGCAAAGAGGGGAACUGGUGGUGGACCUGAAAUGCCAACAGGAUGGAAUCCAGCAGCUGGAAACUCUGUUGUGCCGUAUGGAGGGUUUUCAGCAUUUUUGGGGGAAGAAGAGAGCAAGUUGAGUAGAAACACUAACGGAUACACAAUUGGGAAUUGGACCAGCAGGGGAAGAGUGAAGGCAGAAGAAGUAAUUGAGGCCGCAACUCUUGCUGCCAAUGGACAACCCUUUGAUGUGGUUUACUAUCCUCGAGCUAGCACCCCGGAGUUCUGUGUGAAGGCCUCUCUAGUGAAGACGGCUUUGCAAAUACGUUGGUGCUCUGGGAUGAGGUUCAAGAUGGCAUUUGAGACGGAGGAUUCUUCACGUAUAAGUUGGUUCAUGGGAACCAUCUCAUCAGCUCAGGUUGCUGAUCCUAUUCGGUGGCCUGAUUCACCGUGGAGGCUUCUCCAGGUGACUUGGGAUGAGCCUGAUCUGCUGCAAAAUGUAAAACGUGUUAGCCCAUGGUUGGUGGAAUUAGUAUCAAACAUGCCCGCCAUCCACCUCUCCCCCUUCUCACCUCCACGUAAAAAGUUGAGAUUACCACAGAAUUCGGAGUUCCCUCUGGACAGCCAAAUUCCUUUGCCGGCAUUCUCCGGCAACCACCUCCUUGGGUCUAGCAACCCCUUUGGAUGUCUUCCAAACAACUCUCCUGCUGGCAUGCAGGGAGCCAGGCAUGCUCAAUAUGGUCUGUCCUUAUCAGAUCUCCACCUCAAUAAACUGCAGUCAAGUUUGUUUCCAGUUGGUUUUCUGCCUCCCCAUCGAGUUCCUCUACCUACUGGAGCCUCCAAUCCCAUCAUUCCGGAGCCUGGCAGUAAUGAGAACAUUUCUUGUCUGCUAACCAUGGGAAAUUCGACUCAAGGAUCAAAGAAAUCUGAUAAUGGGAAAGCAGCCCCAUUCGUGCUUUUUGGUCAGACAAUACUUACUGAGAAACAGAUUUCUCUCAGUUGCUCCAGCGACACUGUUUCCCCCGCUCGCACUGGCAAUAGUUCUUCUGGCGGCAAUGCAAAUAAAAUGGGAAACACUUCUGAUGGAUCCGUUCCUGCACCUAAUCAGAAUGAUGCACCAGACCACUCAUCAUGUGAAGGAUUUCAAUCAGAACUCAACUUGGAGACCGGUCACUGCAAAGUCUUCAUGGAGUCUGAGGAUGUCGGUCGGACUCUAGAUCUUUCUUUGCUCGGUUCUUAUGAAGAACUGUACAGAAAGUUGGCAAGUAUGUUUGGCACUGAAAUUUCUGAAAUGCUAAACCGUGUUCUCUAUCGGGACGCCGCAGGUGCAGUCAGGCAACUUGGCGACGAACCCUUUAGUAACUUUAUGAAAACAGCAAGAAGGUUGAGAAUUCUGGCUGAUUCAAGCAGUGACAACGUAGGAGUAUAGAUCUAUGACCAUACAAACCGGGCCUCCAGUCCACUCUAACUAUACUGCUGAAUGACUAAGAGCUCUAGCUCCCAAUUUCUUUGUGCUUCCUGACAUAUUGAUCCUGGGCAAAACCCUCUUGGAUUCCUCUGUGUCUACAAAUUGGAACCUGGGAUGAAGUGUUGGUUCUCGUGAGUAUAAUUCUUAGCCGCAUAAUGUUUACAAGGUUUGAUGUUAAUUUUUUACUAGUGUUGUACAAGGCAAUCCCUGUAAAGAAACAGGUAGGACUUAAUUUGCUUUCCUAGGGGCUUGUGCUGAUUCAAGAACAGUGUCAUGAGAUUCUUAAGGCAAUUUUCUAUUACGUUGGGUUGAAGAGAAACUUUUGACUGUUAGUGGAAUCAACUUUGUUUGUACAGUUUCAAAGUGGGAUAUGUAAAUAUUUUUAAUGUAUGGGAUCUGGUGUGCAAGAUUGUCUUGUUAGAGAAA